AUGUCUACGCUGACCACAAGACCUGCUGCGUCGCCACGACCGGCCAUCAUCACCCCGCUCAUCGAUACCCUAUGUUGCGGCGGUUUUUCCCUACUGUUGAUGGGCGGGUUCCUGCUCUAUGCGCAGUUCUUGCCCCGCACCACCAUGGGGCAACUCAAUCUAGAAGAGUUGCUGUUCCUGGCUGCGGUGGUCAACUGGCCGCAUUUCAUGGCCUCUUACCGGCUUCUCUAUAACUCGAAGGAAAACAUCACACAGCAUAAGUGGGCUUCCAUUUAUGUGCCCGGCUUGUUGCUGGCCUACAUGCUCGUGGCCUUUCUUACUGCUGGCGGAGGCAAUGGACCUUCGCCGUAUAUGAACAAGGACAUGUAUAGCCUGUUGUUCCUGGUCAGCAUUUUUUAUCUGGCCUGGCACUACACCGGUCAGGCCUGGGGCAUGACGGCCUCGUUCACGUAUAUCAAUCAACAGAAGAUGGAUGUGGUCGAUCGACGAUUGAUUCGUUUCGGUUUGCGAGUGCUGUUGGCGUGGCAUGUGGUGUGGGCCACGCAACCAUUGGAGCUUCCCGCCUCUUGGCACGCCGUGUUGUGGCCCACACAUAAGAUUCUCAGCCUGGUGGCGCUGGGGAGUAUCCCGCUGGGGGUUUACGGCUUCUGGCGAAUCUCCAAACGUUCGGGCAAGCCUCCAGCGGUGCGUGCCGUGCUUCCUUGGGGCACGAUGUACUUGUGGUACACGCUGGUGAAUUUCUAUCCCUCCGCGUUUUUCUGGCUGCAGAUUUCCCAUGCUUUGCAGUACUUGAUCUUCCCCAUGCGCGUCGAGAUGAACCGGAUGGCCGCGCGAAACUCGCUUGAUGGGCAGCAGCCGCGCUCUCCAGUGGGUCACAUGCUCGUGUACUACUGCACGCUGGUGCUUCUGGGGCUGGCGGUGUUUCUGUUGCCCGAAAUGCUGGUUGGCCAGCGCGAUCCUUCGCAAUAUUUGGCAAUUACCAUCGCUGCUGCCGUGAAUAUCCAUCACUACUUUGUGGAUGGAUGCAUCUGGAAAAUCAGCGAUCCCCAGAUAAGAUGGCCCCGACAGAAGUCGGCUUCCCGCAUUCUGGAGACCUUUCUUGUGAUCGAGUCGUCAACCACCACACGUCGUGAGUUUCUUUCCCGUAGCGGGCAAAUCGCAGCCGCAGCGGCCACCGCAGCCGCAGUGCUCCCGAAGGGAAGGGCCGCCGCAUCGCCGAAUGGAAAGGUUGCAUUAGGCAUUAUCGGCUGUGGUGGAAUCAUGAACAUGCACGUCCGAGGGCUGGUGCAGCGCCAAUCCGCCGUCGCGUUCAACGCGCUUUGCGAUGUCGAUCCUGGGCAAAUCGCCAAAGUCAGAAAACACAUUGGCGACUUCCAAACCCAUUCACCAAGAGAAUCGGCCGACUAUCAGGAAGUUCUUGACAACAAAGAAAUCGAUGCCGUGAUCAUCGCCACGCCGCACCACUGGCACAUCCCCAUCGCCCUGGCCGCGUUGGCUGCCGGAAAGGAUGUCUAUCUAGAGAAGCCAGCUUCGCACGUCUUUGCAGAAGGUCCGCUGCUGAUCGAAGCAGCGAAGAAAUACAACUGUGUCGUGCAGCACGGCACUCAGAUGCGAUCGAGCAAAGUCACCGAAGCUGCCGGCAAGUUGCUCGAUUCCGGAAUUCUAGGCGAGGUGAAGAUCGCCAAGGCCUGGAACGUGCAAGACCGCGGAGCGAACGAGGUCGUGCCCGACUCCAAUCCUCCGACGGGAGUGGACUACGAUCGCUGGCUGGGCCCGGCUCCGGAGCGACCCUUCAAUGUGAACCGCUUCCACAGCAACUGGCGCGUGUAUCGCGACUACGGCAAUGGCGACAUCGGCGACGAUGGAGCCCACGAUAUUGACAUGGCCCGGUGGGGGUUGGGGGUAGAGACGCUACCCACGCAGGUCACUGCCCACGGUAGCACGGUCAAGCUUCGUGGUGAUCGAGAGUACCCAGACAACAUGAUGGUCGCCUAUCAGUACCCCGACGACAAAGUCAUGCUUUACGAAGACCGUCUCUUCACGCCCUACGGCCUUCACGGUUUCGACAGCGGGAAUGCCUUCUAUGGAACCGAAGGCUAUAUGAUCUUCUCUCGACGUGGUUACUUUCAGGUUUACUUGGGCCCCAAAGAGGAGAGAGGCCCGGGUGUGCCCGACGAAAUCCGUGGGAAUGCAGGCCGGGGCUACGUCGAGCACAUGGAAAACUUCCUGGCCUGCUUGCGAACCCGCGAGGCGACCAACGCCACUCCAGAAACUGCCCAUCUCUCUUGUGGGGCGAUCCAUCUGGGUGAAAUCGCCUACCGCACCGGUGGUCGGAUUGAAUUCAGCCCAGAGUCGGGAACUAUUCAAGACAAUCCCGAGGCCACGGCGUUGCUUACCAAGCAAUAUCGCUCGCCCUACACCCUGCCAGAGGACCGCUCAUUGAGGUCCCGCUGGUCUGGACUUUCUUUGUCCGUGGACGAUCCAAAGCGCAGACGGCAGGCCGAGGGCCUGCAGACCAAUGUCAGCCGCGGUACGUUUCGCACCAUCAUUGGUGUGAUUGGCGACGAGACGAAACUACCCGAGACCACCUUGCAAGCCAUUCCCGGCGUGGCCCAAGUCGUGCCCAUCCUGCCGCCCUAUAAGUUGGCGAGCCUUGAAGCUCAGCCCGAGCCCUCGGUGGUCGAUGUCGCCGGGGUGAAGAUCGGCGGUGGCAACCUGGCGAUGAUCGCCGGCCCGUGUGCUGUGGAAAGUGCCGAGCGAAUGGACGCGAUUGCCGGGGCGGUCAAGGCUGCGGGUGCGAAUAUCCUUCGCGGAGGAGCCUACAAGCCGCGAACAAGCCCGUAUGCGUACCAGGGCAUGGGCGAAGAUGGUUUGAAGAUUCUUCGCGACGCCGGCGACAAGCACGGCAUGCCUGUGGUGACUGAGGUGACCGACCCUCGCUGCGUCGAACUUGUGGUCGAAUACUCCGAUAUGCUCCAGAUCGGCGCUCGAAACAUGCAGAACUUCGUUCUGCUGACCGAGGUGGGCCAAACCAAGAAGCCGGUCCUGCUCAAACGUGGGAUGAGCGCCACGAUCGAUGAUCUGUUGAUGAGCGCCGAAUACGUGCUCUCGCAAGGUAACCACGAAGUGGUGCUUUGCGAGCGUGGCGUGAAAGGAUUCGACACCUCGACACGCAACCUGUUCGAUGUGGCGGCGGUGCCUUCAGUAAAGAUGCGGUCGCAUCUGCCGAUCAUCGUCGACCCGAGUCACGCCACCGGAAAACCGGCCCUAAUUCCCCCGUGUGCGUUAGCGGGUAUUGCCGCGGGAGCCGAUGGGGUUCACAUUGAGGUGCACAACUGUCCGGAAGAGGCGGUCAGCGACGGGCCCCAAGCCCUGCUGCCGGAGCAGUACGCCGAAGUUGCCGCACAGAUUCGAGACCUGGCGGAACUGUUAGGAAAGAAGAUUCACGCCUUGACUGGAGGCUCGAUUGCCCUGGCGAAAGCCGUGGCCGAUGGAGCGGCGGCAAUUGGCGACCUCGACUGGCUGGUAUGCCCCCCGAGUGUGUAUCUCGACGCCGUGAGAGAAGUCCUGAAAGAAUCGCCCGUCAGUCUCGGAGCACAGAACGCCUAUCACGAGCCGAAGGGGGCCUUCACUGGGGAACUCAGCAUGGCGAUGCUGACCGAUGUGGGCUGCAACCACGUGAUUCUGGGGCACAGCGAGCGACGCCACGUCCUCGGCGAAACCGACGCGGAUAUUCAAAAGAAGGUGGUCGCCGCCCUGGCCGCAGGGCUCACGCCGAUCGUCUGCGUGGGUGAGUUGCUUGAAGAGCGUGACCAAGGCCGCACGGCCGAUGUGGUUGGCGAGCAGUACGCUGGCUCAACGAAAGAUCUCACCGCCGAGCAGAUGCAAGCAUGCGUUUUGGCCUACGAACCCGUCUGGGCCAUCGGCACCGGUCGCGUGGCCACUCCAGAACAGGCUCAGGAAGUCCAUACGGAUCUUCGCAAACUCGUGGCCGAUCGCUACAAUUCGGACGUCGCGGCCGCGGUGCGAAUUCUGUAUGGAGGCAGCGUUAAGCCCGACAAUGCCGGCGAACUCCUUGGCCAAGCCGAUAUCGAUGGUGCCCUGGUUGGCGGAGCCAGCCUGAAAGCCGAGGAUUUUCUGGGGAUCGGCAAAACUGCCGUGAUGGGAGACUUUGUAGGUAACUCCUUAAUGGUCCUGUUGUUACUGACAGGCCUGUUUCUAAUCCUGAUCAUUCUGCUGCAACGUGGACGCGGCGGUGGUCUCGUCGGUGCGUUCGGCGGCAUGGGUGGACAGAGUGCCUUUGGCGCCAAAGCUGGCGAUGUCUUCACCCGGGUCACCAUCGUUGUGGCUACCGUGUGGAUCUUGCUGUGUGUGGUCACGGUCAAAUAUUUCAGCGAGGAAUCGGGCGCGCUCGACCGUAAUAUGGGCUCCCAGGCCCCCGUGUCAGAGUCGACCGCGGUCGAUUCGAAUGCUCCCAUCGAUCCCAGCGAUACUUUCGUUCCAGCGGCCACGGGAGAACCGGCCGCCGGCAACACAGGACUCGAGUCUGAGAUCGAGGGGCUCGUUCGCAAGCAUAUCCGUCGCGGAACCGUGCAGGUAAGCCUCUGGGUCGACCGCCCCCGCAGUCCUGACGACUAUCGAAUUGAUGUCGCAGUGCUGGACAGCUACCGCAAGCAGCUCGAAGACGUCCAUAGUCGCUGGCACGUGGUCGAGUCGGUCAGCCUCGAGCAGCUCUUGCAACUGCCCGGUGUGGUCAACGAGAACUCAGGCAAGAAUGGCGAUCUGCAGGAAGAGUGGCCCCUGAUCAGUCGAGUGCUGGAACAAUCGCUGGUGAACCUCGACAAAAUGCGUCAGAGCGAGGGCACGGCAAUGAAAACCGAUCUCCGCUCGAACACGCAGACCAUUUCCGAGGAACUGGAAUCCAUCGCCAGUCGGGCCCCCAGCGUGGUUGACGCCUAUCGCGAUCGUUUGCACGAGCGAGUGACGAAAACGCUCGAGAAAUACAAUGUAAGCCUCGAGCCCGGCGACUUGAUUCGCGAGGUGAGCCUGUUCACCGAACGGAGCGAUAUCUCUGAGGAAAUCGUGCGGAUGCGCAGCCAUCUCGAGCAGUUCGACUCCACGCUCGACCUGAAGGAGAGCACCGGUCGUAAGCUUGAAUUCCUCACGCAGGAAAUGUUCCGCGAAACCAACACGAUCGGCUCGAAAUCGAACGAUGUCGAGAUUUCAAGGCACGUCAUCGAAAUCAAAGCCGCCAUCGAAGAGUUCUCCCGCCGCCGGGAGAGGGGGGAUUUCCUCGAGUGUUUCGAGUUAUUCGCCGGCGAUGGGAAGACUGGCCGCUGGUACGGAACUCUGCGGGAGGACGUUACCUCUGGUCUAGAAGCCGGGAAAUGGGUAGUUUUAGAGAUUGACAUCAAUGGCACCGAGGCGGUUCUCCAGCAGUUUCCACACGCCGUCACCAUCUUCGUGCGGCCCAAAUCGUACGCCGACCUGGAGCGGCGUCUUCGCGAGCGAGGCACCGAGACCGGCGAAGCAUUGGCUAGUCGGUUGGCCGUGGCCCGCCGCGAACUAGAGACCGGCGAGAAAUAUCAGUAUCAGAUCAUCAACGACGAUUUGGACGAGAUCGUCAAGAAGGUUGGCGGUCGUUUCAAACUCUCGACGCUGAUCCAAAAGCGUCUCGUGCAACUCACCGCCGGCGCGCGUCCGCUGGUCGAUUUGGACACGAACGACAAGCUGAAGAUCGUGAUCGCCGAGAUCAUGAACGACAAGAUCUACCUCGAUUCCUCCAAGGAACUGCUGGUAACCGGCGAACCCACCGAGGAAGCCGGCGGACCGCCCGAGUUGGAUCUCAGUCGCGAAAUCGUGGUCGGCGUCACCGGCGGAAUCGCCGCCUAUAAAACGGCCGGCCUGGUGAGCAGCCUGGUGCAGUCCGGUGCCGGGGUCUCCGUCGUCAUGACCGACGCCGCACGCCAGUUUGUCGGCGAGGCCACCUUCGAGGCCCUCACCGGUCGCCCGGUAGCCACGCGGGUGUUCCACGACGACGAUCACCCUCUGGGGGCCCACAUCUCCCUGGCCGAAAAAGGCGACCUGCUGUGCGUUGCCCCCGCCACGGCCAACUUCAUUGCCAAGACUGCCCACGGACUGGCCGACGACCUGCUGAACACGCUCCUGCUCGCUUUCACGGGUCCCAUCGUGGUUGCCCCGGCGAUGAACUGCGAAAUGUGGGAGAAGCCCGCAGUUGCCCGUAAUGUGGAGACGCUACGAGCCGAUGGCAUCAUCAUCGUCGACCCCGAGGAAGGUUGGCUGAGUUGCCGCCGCCGUGGAGUGGGAAGAAUGGCAGCCCCUGAGCGAAUCGAGCAGGCGGAACGCCCCCACGGUUCGCUGGCGAUGGCCUACCUUCGGCUGCUCCGCAUCCCCAACGUGUUCACCGCCAUGGGCGACGUGAUGAUGGGCUUCCUGCUCUUGCACGUUUCGCUGGCUCCCUGGUCGGUGUUUCUGCCGCUGCUGGCCGCCAGUUGCCUGAUCUACAUGGCCGGUAUGGUGCUCAACGAUGUGUUCGACCACAAAGUGGACGCGGUCGAACGCCCUGAACGUCCGAUACCCUCCGGAAGGAUACGCCUCAGCACGGCUCGCUGGCUCGGGUUCGAACUGCUGAUCGUCGGUGUCGCGCUCGCCUGGCUGGCAGGCUCGCUCGGCGGAUAUCUCGCGACGGGUGUGGUAGCCACGCUGCUCGCACUUGCGGUACUCGGAUACGACGCCUGGUUGAAGAAAACCCCCGCAGGCCCGGUGGCCAUGGGAUCCUGUCGAACGCUGAAUGUCCUGCUGGGCGCCAGCGUGGGAGGCGGGCUAGCGCAGCCGGCCUUCUGGUGGAUUGCUUUGGGGAUUGGCGUCUACAUCGUGGGCGUUACGUGGUUCGCGCGAACGGAAGCCCGCGAGAGCAACUCACUGCAUUUGGCGGCCGGGCUUUCGGUGGCCAUCACUGGCAUCGCCAUUCUCGCCGGGUUCCCGUUCCUGCUCGAUCCCUCGAAACCUGGAGUGACCGAACUUCGCCUUCCCCACAGCGCCUGGCUGAUCCUGAUAGGACUUCUAGCUCUUUCCAUCGCUCGCAGGGCCACCCCUGCGGUGUUCGACCCCACACCCGCCAAGGUGCAGGCCGGGGUGAAGCUUUGUAUCCUCUCGCUUAUCGUUCUCGAUGCCGCCGUUGUGCUGGCCGUGCGUGGAUCUUUCUGGGGUGUUUGCGUUCUCGCCUUGCUGGCAAUUCAUGCCUCGCCGAACGGCUCACGCUUAUUUCCGAUCUCCCACCCUGCGGAAUUCGCAAUGACUCAACCCGUUGUAUUAUUGUCUGUGCCGGCUCUUCGUCAGCAAGAUGUCGACUCGAUGCCGAACCUGUCGCGUCUGGCGGGCAACGGCGAUCGCGCGGCCAUUUCGCCGGGGUUUCCGGCGGUCACCUGCCCGGUGCAGGCCAACAUGACUACGGGAGUCACACCCGACCAACACGGCGUGAUUGCCAACGGGUUUUUCUAUCGCGACCGUGGCGAGUUCGAGAUGUGGACCGCCUGGAACGAAUGCAUCUUGGCACCGCAAAUCUGGGACACGCUGCACGAGCAGCGGCCCGGCACUACGUCGGCCGUGUGGUUUCCGCUGCACAGCAAGGGGUGCGGUGCCGACCACAUUUGCACGCCGGCCCCCAUUCACAACCCCGACGGCACCGAGACCAUGUGGUGCCAUACCCGGCCCGAGGAUUUAUACCCGCAGCUCAUCGAGAAGCUCGACCAAUUCCCCUUACACCAUUUUUGGGGCCCGCUGGCGAACAUCUCUUCCAGCGAGUGGAUCGCCGACAGCGCUGUCCAAGCGGCUCGGCAGUACCGGCCCGACUUCUUUUACAUCUACCUGCCCCACCUCGACUACGCCGCCCAACGCGUGGGGCCCGACGACCCAUUGGCGGCCCUGGCCAUCCAACAGCUCGAUGAAGUGCUGGGUCGACUCUUCGAAGAUUUUCGCGCGGCUUACGAGACCGAUCCGUUGUGGAUCGUGGCCAGCGAAUACACGAUCAUGCCGGUCGAUCACGUGGUUUACCCUAACCGUGUAUUGCGGAAAGCUGGCCUGCUGAAGGUGCUCGACGAUACGUCCUCGGGCGAAGUUUUGGACGUGGGUGAAAGCCCCGCCUGGGCGAUGGCCGAUCAUCAGCACUCACAUGUAUUCGUGCGGAAUGCCGACCCGCAGGUCAUCGAUCGUGUCGCCGCGUUGUUCAAGAACCACAAGGGCAUCGCCGAGGUGUUGGUUGGCGGAGACCGCAAACGAUACGACCUCGAUCAUCCUCGCAGCGGGGAUGUGGUUCUGGUCUCCGAACCCAAUAGCUGGCAGGCUUAUUACUACUGGCUCGACGAUACCCAGGCUCCGGACUUUGCCUACAACGUCGACAUCCACCGCAAGCCGGGCUACGACCCGAUUGAGAUGCACCUCGACAUCGCCGACCCUCGGGUGCCGCUGGAUGCAACGCUGGCGAAAGGCUCCCACGGUGCUCCGCCACUGUCGGAGGCCCAGCGGGGUGUGAUCCUCGCCUCGCAGCCGGGCGUGUUUGAAACCCAAACGAUUGCAGACACUGAAGUCUACGGCACCGUGCUACGCCAGUUCGGCAUCUAG